GUGUAUACUUGAUGGUGAAAUGUUGGUCUGGGAUACAUCUUUGAACCGCUUUGCUGAGUUUGGUUCAAAUCAGGAAAUAGCCAAGGCAGCAAAGGAUGGACUAGACAGUGAUCGACAGUUGUGUUGUAUCCUUUCUGUGCCGGACUUCAAGGUCCAGGUCCAGCCUUUAAUUUAGGCACCUUGAUUUGAUUUUGAUGGCAGAAAA